AUGGCACUAAAUCGAUGGCUGUACGCCCUGCCGCUUGUGCUGCCAACGGCACUGAUGCUGCGGGCUUGGGCUCUGCAAGCACCCGUGGGCGCCUUCAUCGAGGAGAUCGCCAGCCAGGGACGAUAUGUCCUCAAAAAUGGAACCAGCGUCCCUAUCCAGACGAGCGUGUUUGGAAUCCCGAUUCUUGACAAAGCCUUUUCUCCGCUCGCCAUCAUAUUCAGUCCAUUGGCUUUCUAUGAGGAUCCUAGGGCCUGGUGGCAGUGCGUCGUGUUCUUGACAGACGGUGCUUCUAUUGGGACCCUGCUUAUGUUUGAGUCUCUGAGGAAUGCCAACCAGGGGACUCUCUUCCAAGCAGCAUUCUUUGUGCCUACUUUCUUGGGCCAGUUUGUGACCCUUGGGGCUGUCGCACCACUUUACCUCUACUUGUUCUACGCACUCUCUCCGCUGAGCAAGUAUUCAAAUGCCAAUGCUCGACAGUUUGAUCGGGCUGGCGUGGCCGCCGCUCUGCCAUCAACCUUUGCCUCAUUUCUUUUUCCUCUUGGCAUCUCCUUCUUCCAUCCUAAUCUCGAGGUGAGACACCUGGCGAACUGGUAUUGGCAAAUUUUCCCAAUAACGAGCUCCAUACUACUCUUUGCGCUGUCAAGUGUGAUUAGGCCGUUUGUUGCCAGUCGUCAAACCGAAGCCGUCCAGCAACACAGCAACACGAGUAUAAAUGUCCGAGGAGGGAUAAUGGCAACAGUUAGUGCGGCUUCUUACUGGUACAUGCUUCUCUUUUCACCCCUUCCUGUGUCAGAACUGUUUUUCCCCAAAUAUUUUAUCGAGCUCCCUGAGGAUGCGUUGACAGCAACUUUUACGCUCCUCCAAUAUGAUUAUAUCAGCGCUUCUGCAACAGUGUUGCUUUGGUUGGCAUAUAAUUUUGGAGACCUUAAAAAUGCGGGUGUCUGUCAGGUAUCCUGGGUUCGAAUCGUGCUCUACUCUGUUGCUAUCGGUGUUCUUGGUGGUCCAGGAGUGCUGGUCUGGUUUGGAUGGCUGGCAAGAGAAAACAUGAUGGCAAAGCUCGAGCAUGCAAAGACGGGCUAA